CGCCUCUCGGAGGAAGUUUGUCCUUUAACUGCAGAGCCGGGUUCGCCGUCGCAGCCACCUCCAGGAACGAGCGGCGGGCGCCGACGGCAGCUGUCAGCGCCGCCCGGGGUGCACCGCCCGCACCGCCGCCAUGGGCGGCUCGGCCUCCAGCCUGCUGGACGAGGGCAAGUGCACCUACAUCCGAGGGAAAACUGAGGCUACUAUCAAAAACUUCAGUCCCUACUAUAGUCGCCAGUACUCUGUGGCUUUCUGCAAUCAUGUACGCAGUGAAGUAGAACAGCAAAGAGAUUUAACAUCACAAUUUUUGAAGACCAAGCCACCAUUGGAGCCUGGAAUUGUACUGUAUGAAGCAGAGCUAUCACAGUUUGCUGACGACAUAAAGAAAUGGAAGGAGCGGUACAUUGUGGUCAAAAAUGAUUUUGCUGUGGAGAGCUAUGAGAACAAAGAGGCCUAUCAGAGAGGAGCGACUCCUAAAAGCCGAAUUCUUCCAGCUGGUGGCAAGGUGUUAACCUCAGAAGAUGAAUAUAAUUUGUUAUCUGAUCGGUUUUUCCCAGACCCUAUUGCCUCCAGCGAGAAGGAGAACGCUCAGCCCUUCGUGGUCUUGCCCAAGGAAUUCCCGGUGUACCUGUGGCAGCCGUUCGUCAGACACGGCUACUUCUGCUUCCACGACGCCGCGGACCAGAAGAAGUUCGGCGCUCUCCUGAGUGACUGCAUCAGACACCUAAAUCACGAUUACAUGAAGCAGACGACGUUCGAAGCCCAAGCAUUUCUAGAAGCUGUACAGUUCUUCCGGCAGGAGAAGGGACACUAUGGCUCGUGGGAAAUGAUCACAGGGGAUGAAGUCCAGAUCCUGAGUAACUUGGUGAUGGAGGACCUCCUGCCAACCCUUCAGACAGACCUUCUGCCCAAAAUGAAGGGGAAGAAGAACGAAAGAAAGAGGGCCUGGCUCGGCCUUCUUGAGGAGGCCUACAACCUGGUUCGGCAUCAAGUUUCAGAAGGAUUAAGUGCCUUAAAGGAGGAGUGCCGCGCUCUGACGAAGGGCCUGGAGGGAACCAUCCGUUCGGACAUGGAUCAGAUCAUGAACUCAAAGAACUUCUUGAUUGGAAAGAUCAAAGCCAUGGUGGCCCAGCCUGCAGAAAGAAGCUGUGCGGAAAGUGUGCAACCAUUCUUGGCAUCCAUUCUGGAGGAACUCAUGGGGCCGGUGAGCUCAGGAUUCAGUGAAGUACGCUCACUCUUUGAAAAAGAGGUGGAUGAACUUAACCAGAACUUUCAGACCACCAAAGACAGUGCCCAGCUUAAGGAGCAUCUAGACCAGCUCAUGAAUCUUCCACUGGAUUCCAUGAAGAUGGAACCUUGUUACAGUAAAGUCAACCUGCUUCAGGAGCGUUUGCAGGAUCUCAAGAGCCGCUUCCGAUUCCCCCACGUGGAUCUGGUGGUCCAGAGGACACAGAACGACAUGCAGGAGCUAAUGGAGAAUGCAGUAUUCACUUUCGAGCAGUUGCUUUCCCCACACCUCCAAGGAGAGGCCUCCAAAACUGCAGUCGCCAUCGAGAAGGUUAAGCUCCGAGUCUUAAAGCAAUAUGAUUAUGACAGCAGCACCAUCCGGAAGAGGAUAUUUCAAGAGGCACUGGUUCAAAUCACACUUCCCACCGUUCAGAAGGCACUGGCAUCCACGUGCAAACCCGAGCUCCAGAAAUAUGAGCAGUUCAUUUUUGCAGAUCACACCCAUAUGAUUCAUGUGGAAAAUGUCUACGAGGAGAUUUUACAUCAGAGCCUCCUUGAUGAAACUCUGAAAGUGAUAAAGGAAGCUGCUCUCCUGAAGAAACACAACUUAUUUGAAGACAACAUGGCCUUGCCCAGUGAAAGUGUGUCCAGCUUAACGGAUCUAAAAACCCCCGCAGGGUCAAACCAGGCCAGCCCUGCCAGGAGGGCCUCGGCCAUUCUGCCAGGAGUUUCUGAGAGCGAGGCACUGAGUAACGAAGUAUUCCAGGAGUCAGGGGAAAAGAAGCAGCCUGGGGUCCCUAGUCCGUUGGCCAAAGGAGAAAGCCCGUCUUUCCCUGUCCCCACCCCUCCCCCAGACGGGACCAGACAGGUGAUUCCUUCAGGCCAAGUUGUGGGUCUUGUGACUGCAGAGGACGUGGCAGGAGCCCUGGGCACACCCUCGUCAGAGCUGGAGUUUGGAGGGGCUCCUGAGGACGGAGAACCCAGCCACGAAAAGCCAGAAGCCAGCUCUGCCUCGGGCUCCUUAAUGGAGCUCAGAAAUUUGUUGAUGGUGACCACUGAAGUGCCCGUGGAAUCAACCACCCUCGAGAUUGAGAAAGAUUCAAAUGAAGAGACCCUUGGUCCCCAAGAAAUUGAAAAAUUAGAGGAAACAACCCAAAUCGACACAGAGGCCGAUCAAGCAGUGGCCUCCAGUCAAGACAGCUGUGAAGGCAGUGAAAUCAGUGAGAGGGAGGCCCAUUCUUCCCCUCCAGAGGUGCAGGCGGAGGCCGGCAGGGUGGAGUUGGGGGGAUUGCUGGGGGCUCAGCAGGCCUGUGAAGGGCUCACCCAGGGUGCCAGCAGCCCUGGCCCCCCAGAGCAGCAUGCAGAGGCUGGGGAGCCCACUGAGAGGGAGCUCACAGGGGGCGCUUCCAGACUGGAUGCCCAGGAAGGAGGAGGGGCCGCGGCCAUGGUGGAGGGUGAGGCCAGGCCACAGGAAGAUUGCAUUUCCAGUGCUCACCACACCUGCCCCAGUGAGAGCCAGGGUUCUGUGGAAGAAGCCCUGGGAGGGACCAGCAGCAUGGCCCAGGCCACUGCUAGCGUGGAUACAGGGGAGAUUAAGGCUGCUGGUGUCCAUGAGUGCCAGUGGGUGGUGGAGAAUGCUCCAAACUUCGAUCUGCUAGGUUCACAAGAUGUGGGGGAGAGUACCCCAGGGCAGUCCUCAGAAGAGUGAAAGGGAAAAUUGGGCAUAAGUAUUUCUUCGCACAAACUCAGCCAAAGGUUAAUAGUUAUGGGUAUGCUUAGGGGUUGCACACAAGUUGUUACCAAAAAAAAAAAAAAAAUUAAGUACUUCCUUAAUGUGUGUAAUGAAACCAGAGGAAAUGCACACAGGGCAUGCUCACUGAGGCAGACCUUUGUGGAAUUGAACUGUUCUACCGUGAAUUACUGCUUUAGCAUUUUAAUAGGAAGUGUCUGGGAUGAGAGGCAGCUGAGGAUGUUGAAGGGAGGCAGUGGUGUUCCAGCGAAGAUGAAGAAAACAGUAGGAGCCCAGUUUCCAAUACACUGCACGUUUUCCUCUCAUGUACUUCGAGGCUUUUUACUUUUUGGUAAGGAUGCAAAUGUAUACUGUAAAUCCAGCUUCACCAUCCGCUAGAGCGACUUCAUUGUUUCUGAAGGACUCAGCAUUCAUCCACAGUCAGACUGCAGGGAAGGGUCGGUGGGGAACACCAGUCACCCUGCUGUGGGCAGCCCUGCAGCCCCUGAGAGAGCCCAGGGGAAGCUGAGCACAAAUGGAGGAAGGUUGUGGUCUGUGGGGCUGUCUGAGCCUGUUACUAAUUCUGCUAUCAAUUUCUUGUUAAUUAAUCAUGUUGAUUUUUAUUAAUUAAUCACCUUUUGGGGACAUUCAGAUGAGGCAAGAAAAUUUCCUUGGCACGUUUAAGCCUGAAAGCAUUCCAAAUUAGCCUUAGACUGUGCAGAGGGGCCUUAGCUAAUUGUCGAGCGUAAAAGACUACAGGUUAAACAAGCAUUAUUCGAAUAGCUGCUCUAGGCCAUGCGCUGUGCUAGGUGUAGUAACAACAGCAACAGCAACAAAAAAGAAGAAGAAA